UAUUUUCCCGGUUAUAUUUAAGGAAUUGCAAAACCUGAUAUCAGUAUUCAAGGUAGAGUGUUACUUUGCUGAAAGUUUGCUUUAAAAAAAAGAUCGAGAUGGGUGAGGAAGAUGUUGCAGCUUUAGUUAUUGACAAUGGAUCCGGAAUGUGCAAGGCCGGAUUUGCCGGGGACGAUGCUCCUAGAGCUGUGUUUCCCUCCAUUGUCGGACGCCCAAGACACCAGGGUGUGAUGGUUGGUAUGGGACAGAAGGACAGCUAUGUUGGAGACGAAGCCCAGAGCAAGAGAGGUAUCCUUACCCUCAAGUACCCAAUUGAACACGGUAUCGUCACAAACUGGGAUGACAUGGAGAAAAUCUGGCAUCACACCUUCUACAAUGAACUCCGUGUGGCCCCAGAAGAACACCCCGUCCUCCUAACUGAGGCACCGCUCAACCCCAAAGCCAACAGAGAAAAGAUGACACAGAUCAUGUUUGAGACCUUUAACUCUCCCGCCAUGUACGUCGCCAUCCAGGCCGUACUGUCCCUGUACGCUUCCGGUCGUACAACCGGUAUCGUACUCGACUCCGGAGAUGGUGUUUCCCACACUGUCCCAAUCUAUGAAGGUUACGCCCUUCCCCACGCCAUCGUGAGAUUGGAUCUCGCUGGACGUGAUCUGACCGAUUACCUCAUGAAAAUCCUUACGGAACGUGGUUACUCUUUCACCACCACAGCCGAGAGAGAAAUCGUCAGAGACAUCAAGGAGAAACUGUGCUACAUUGCUCUAGACUUUGAAUCUGAAAUGCAGACAGCUGCUUCAUCCUCAUCUCUAGAGAAGAGCUAUGAACUUCCCGACGGUCAGGUCAUCACCAUUGGCAACGAGCGAUUUAGAUGUCCAGAGGCCAUGUUCCAGCCAUCCUUCCUUGGAAUGGAAUCAUCUGGUCUCCAUGAAACCACAUACAACAGUAUCAUGAAAUGUGAUGUUGAUAUUCGCAAAGACUUGUACGCUAACACGGUAUUGUCUGGUGGUUCCACCAUGUUUCCCGGUAUUGCUGACCGUAUGCAGAAGGAAAUUACAUCUUUAGCUCCCCCAACAAUGAAAAUCAAGAUCAUUGCCCCACCUGAGAGGAAAUACUCCGUCUGGAUCGGUGGUUCCAUCCUUGCUUCUCUCUCCACCUUUCAGCAGAUGUGGAUCAGCAAACAGGAGUACGACGAAUCCGGUCCAUCGAUUGUACACAGGAAGUGCUUCUAAAUGUUUUUUUUGUUGAUGCAAGAGCUUCAAAUUUAAUCAUAUAUAAAAAGACUUAUUUUAAAGUGUUAUUAGUCUCAUACAAGUGAAACUGAGAGGACUAUAGACUUAUUGCUGCCUUUCUGACUGUCAAUUAUUUUGUCAAAACUUUGUUUUCCAGACGUUUUAUUUCGUUAUGGUAUAGUAAAUUGAUUUGAAACUCUGUGUAGCUUUAUAGUAAGAAACUACAGAUCAAGUAUACAUUUUAUUAAAAUUUGAUCGAAGAAGUAAAAUUAAUUUUAAGCCAUUGGGUUCUUGUACUAAUCGGUUUCGUUCUAUAAAAAAUCUUUACGCAAAAAUUCUCGAAACCUAUAUACAUCUAACACAUAAUUAUAAAAACGACAAUUGCAUGUUUAAAAUAUCGGGUGCUGGUACGAAACAUGUGUUGAAAUGUUUAUGCAAUGUUCUCAGAAUGCUUGUUUAUAUUUGCUUAUUUUUUUAAACUUCAUAAUGUUUUUGCUUACAUAUAAAUAUAAAGUUUAUAAAUUACAACUUUUUUUAUUAUUUUUUUAGGUUACUGUCGAUAAUGACAGUUUCUUUCAUUAUGUCAAUGCCGCUUUGAUAAGUUUGGUUACCAUUGCCAACUUUCAUAAAAUAAACAGUUUUGAGAUUUUAACUACAUGUUUAACCUAUUCAAAUGUUUGAUUUAAUUAUUACAUUUUUCAAUGGUUCUAAAGAAACACAUGUAAAAAAGUAUAGUUGACUGUCGUCAAAAUGCUCUGAAAACGACGUCAAAGUUGCAGCAUUGUAAACGCAUCUUUAUUUUCUGUUUCUUUUUUUUCUGUGUCUGUGUUGUGUUUUCUGCAUAACUAGAGUCUGGCUUUGUUUUGAUACCACGAUUAAUACUUUUUUCAGUCAAAUAUUACAUUUUGAUUUAAAAAAUAUACAUUUGAUAUAUGAAAUAUAAACAUGUAACGUCAAUAUCUACACAUUUCGAGCGCGUAAUAUUGCACACAAGUUGAUGCUGAGACGUCACAAAAUUGCUGCUUUUGCAUCCGCUAUGAAACUUAAACACCACAUUUUACAUUCUAGUGUGUGAUGAAAUGGGAAAUUGGGAAAUCAGUUUUGUUUUU